AUGGCUAUGUCUCACUCUUUUGUUCCUAUCAUCUUUUUCAUGAUGUUCCUCAUACAAGUCAUGUCAACUAGCAGCAUUGACUUAAAAUGGUACGAUGCUCAUGCAACCUUCUAUGGUGACGCAGCUGGUGGUGAAACCAUGAAGGGAGCUUGUGGUUAUGGUGAUCUCUUCAAACAAGGAUAUGGUCUUGCAACCGCAGCACUAAGCACAGCUCUAUUCAAUAAUGGACUUACUUGUGGUGCAUGUUUUCAAAUAUUUUGUGUCAAUGACCCUAAAUGGUGCAUAAAGGGUGCACACCCAAUCACGAUAACCGCAACAAAUUUUUGUCCUCCAGAUUACUCUAAGACUCAUGAUGUUUGGUGUAAUCCUCCGCAAAAACACUUCGAUUUAAGCUAUAAAAUGUUCACCUCUAUUGCCUAUUACAAAGCAGGUAUCGUCCCGGUUAAAUAUCGACGUGUUCCAUGCAUCAAAAGUGGUGGUGUUAGAUUCGAGCUCAAAGGAAACCCUAAUUUCUUUCUAGUUUUGGUGCACAAUGUUGCCAAUGCUGGUGAUGUUUCUCGUGUGAGUAUUAAAGGGUCCAAGACAAGUUGGAUUUCUAUGUCACGUAAUUGGGGACAAAAUUGGCAUCCUGGAUCUAAUUUUGUAGGACAAGCUUUGUCAUUUCAAGUUAGUACAAGUGAUGGAAAAACUUUAACGUUUGAUUCCGUUGUUCCUUCCAACUGGCAAUUUGGACAGACUUAUCAGGCCAAGGGAAAUUUUUAG